CUACUGGGUAACUGGGCUUGACUCGCUUCGUCGCCGGGGUGAGACGAAUCGUUGGCGGUGUCGCGCAUCUGUCGACGGGAGCCGCGGCGACGUAGUGAUCGUCUCCACGCGAGUUGAGCGUGCCGCGUGCUACGGUCGUACGAGCGUGACAGCUGUGGCAAGAUGAAGAUGGCGGACGGACCCACGAUCCUCCGGAGAAACAGGCCCGGGACGAAAGCAGAGAGCUCAUGAUCAAGGUUCUGUUUCGCCCUACAGGACUUCAGCAGGUGGCCGGAUGAGCCGUUCGAAGAGAUGGACAGCACGCUAGCCGUGCAACAAUACAUUCAACAAAUGAUCAGAAGAGAUCCGUCUAAUAUCGAUUUGAUACUUAACAUGCCAGAGGCCAACGACGAAGGUGUAUGGAAGUAUGAACAUCUUAGACAGUUUUGUAUGGAGCUCAACGGUUUGGCAGUUAGAUUACAAGAGGAGUGCCACCCUGAAACCUGCACGCAGAUGACAGCCACAGAACAGUGGAUAUUCUUGUGCGCUGCACAUAAAACUCCCAAGGAAUGUCCUGCGAUUGAUUACACUCGACACACACUGGAUGGAGCAGCGUGUCUGCUCAACAGCAACAAAUAUUUUCCCAGCAGAAUCAGCAUCAAGGAAUCCUCUGUAGCAAAACUCGGCUCCGUUUGCCGCAGGGUUUACAGAAUCUUCUCUCACGCAUACUUCCAUCAUAGAACGAUAUUCGAUGAAUUUGAAAAUGAGACGUUCCUUUGCCGCAGGUUUACGUCAUUUGUGACAAAAUAUAAUCUGAUGUCAAAGGACAAUUUGAUAGUACCUAUUAUGGAAGGUGAAGGCGCAACGGAAAGCGAAGCAUAGGAUCUAACAAUGCGAUCAUAUUGCCCAAAGUCGAAUUGCCAGAUUUAGUAAGAAAAGAAAAAUACUAUAUAAUAAUCACGCAUUAUUCUGAUAUUUCGUGAUUAAUAUAAUCUUUGAAGAUCUUUGAAAGCGGCCAGUAAAAAAAUGUGAUCUUUAACGUGAAUUUGUUAUAAAACUUUUUAAUAUUAAUAAUUUUUAUUUCCUUCAGCAUCAUAAUAGUCGAGAAGGAGACUUGGUUUAAAAUUUCUAACAUACUCACCCAUCCUUUUAUCUUGUCUAUCCAGUCUAAUAAAUCUUUUAUAUAUAGAAUAUACAUUAUUAAAAAUAUUGUAUUUAAGAAGUUGCAUCAUAUUGGAGUUAGGUUAUUUUUUCAAGUGUUUUCAAACAAAUUACAUGAUAUAAGUAAAUAUCAAAACUUCUGAAUUUAAAUAAAUUUCAUGAAACUUGCUUCUUUAGAAUUUAGCUCUCGUCUUAAUAUAUUUUCUUGAUAAUUGACAAAUUUCAAAGAUCUCAAAGAAGAUAUUAUUUUGCUCAGUACCUUAUUAAAUAGAAUUUUUUUCUUGAUGAGUGUUUUAAUAAUAGCUGUGCAAUUAUAUUGCUGUAGAUAGAGUAUUUUUCGUGUCUGAUAUCAGUACGACUUAUAUUUAUUCAAUUUGUUUAUAAUGUCUAAGAUUUGCACCUUUAAAAGGAUAUAAGAGUUCAUUAAAAUUAUCAAAUUUCUUGAAGUAUACUGUAUAUGGUAACUUAACUCUGUUAUAUACUUUUUAUAAUAUAUUACAUUUAAAUAAGAAAAAAUAGAAGAAAGAAUACAAUGUUACAAACUUUUUAUCUUACACUAUUGAAGUUACUGGCAAAAAUGUCUCCCAUAUCUAUCAUAUUAUAGUUUACUUUUUGUAAACAGCUUUUUGUAAAAAUAAUAGACUGUGUCUAUUAUUACGUUAAAUAUGUGUAAUGAAAAAAAAUUUGUUUAUGUAAUAUGCAUGUUAUACAUAGUUAAUUGUACGAAUAAUUUUGCAAAUUUUGAAAUUAGUAUAAACAAAAUUCUAUCAGAUCACUUCAUUAAAAUUCUAUUAAAUUACUGUAAUUUCAUGUAUCAUUAAUUUAAUUUUGUAAAAAUAGCAUGCAUUGCACUGAGAAUUGUUAAAAUUUUUUAGUAUAAGAAUUGCUAAAACACUAUCAAUUACGCGAUUUUAUUCCACCUUCGAUAAAAUAAUCGACCUUAAAAAAAAGAAAAAUAAUCUUUAUAUCUGAAAGCGACUUGAGGUAAGAUAAGAUCCAGUUAUGCAGAAAUUUCCAAUAAGAUGGAGAUGAAACAUUUCAAAUGUUUGUUGCCACAAUUUGCAUAACUAGAAAUAUGCGAAUUUAUAUAAACAAUUGUAGAAUUUUACACGUUAUUAUACGAGCAUCGUGUUAGUCUAGAACGUAAUAAUCGUAAUCAUGUAGUUGGUCUUUAUAAAAUGUAUUGUUUGAGCGAGAGGCAUAGCGAUAAAUGUGGUAUUGCACUGUUAUUUAUAAUACAUAUACAUUUAUUCCAUAUAGCAAUAUGAAUCAGGAUGCUAGGCUUUUCCUAUCCUGUUCUCGAAAAUUUCGUAACAAUUUACGAUGAAUCUUGAACGGAUUGCUUGUUCCAUAUGUUGGACAUAAGGCUAGGUCAAAACUACGAUAAAAGAGAUGGAGUGUAGAAAAGUAGCUGGGCGUCUUAUCAACUCGCUCAUCUGCGACUUUUUAAAUCUAUAUAUCUAUAAGAUAUGCUAUAAAAUUAUAGCGCGAAUACAAGCGUUGCUUUUUCUAAAAUAAAUAAUAUUAGCAAGCAAGAUGAUUUUUUAUCUGAAAAAUAGAUUGUAAAAUAUAAAAUUUUAUGACAGCCGAUCGAUAAUGGCAUCGCUUUCUGAGACGACGAAUGUUCACUGUAAUAUGUAAUUCUCAUUUUAUAAAAGUAGCGUCUUUACGCAUUCGUGAUCACGUGACGUUUUUAUUAUGCUGGAAGAUAGAAUAAUUCAUACUCGUGUAUUGGCGCAUGUUGUUACACCAGAGUUGCUAUUGUCCUAUAUGCUUCUCGUAACGAGAUUUUAUCAAGCGACAAGCGGCGCUUUCUUUGACGUACCACGCAUUUUUUGCGAGAUUGUUUCUUUUCGUAUUCGACACAAUGGGAAGGAUAUUGUGUAACAUUGUAUAUAAGACUUGUAAGUACAAAAACUCGAGUUAUAAUGUAUUGAAUACUGCGAGAUGUGACGAGAGAUUCUUUAUGCAGCAGGAAUAUAUAUACAUAUACAUAUAUGACGUGUGACUGUUCCCGUGAAAAUUGUCUAUGUAAUGAUAAAGAAAUAAACUUUCUA